AAUAUUCCUGUAGGUAACAUUUUAAGAACUCAGCUCCGAGACGUUACGGGGAAAAGCUGAAGUAGAAUAAGAGGAUGAGCAGUGGAGCAGGAAAGAUCGUCUGCGUAACCGGAGCGUCCGGUUACAUAGCUUCAUGGCUUGUGAAGCUUCUUCUCGCUCGCGGUUACACUGUCAAGGCCACUGUUCGUGACCCGAAUGAUCCAAGAAAGAUAGAUCACUUAGUUACACUUGAUGGAGCUUCAGAGAGACUUCAGUUGUUUAAAGCAAACCUGCUGGAAGAAGGAUCUUUUGAUUCUGUUGUUGAAGGAUGUGAUGGUGUAUUUCAUACCGCAUCUCCCUUUUACCAUGAUGUCAAGGAUCCACAGGCAGAGUUAAUUGAUCCUGCAGUGAAGGGAACUCUUAAUGUGCUUAACUCUUGUGCAAAAGUCCCUUCUAUAAAACGAGUGAUUGUGACAUCUUCAAUGGCUGCAGUUGCAUACAAUAGACAGCCUCGAAAUCUAGAUACAGUAGUUGAUGAAACUUGGUUUUCUGACCAGGAACUCUGCAAGCAGUCAAAGCUUUGGUAUUUGCUUUCAAAGACCAUGGCGGAGGAAGCUGCCUGGAAAUUUGCGAAGGAGAAGGGUUUGGAUAUGGUUGCUAUAAACCCAGCAAUGGUCAUUGGUCCUCUCUUACAGCCAACACUUAAUACUAGUGCUGCAGCAAUCCUAAGCUUAAUUAAAGGAGCUCAAACCUUCCCCAAUGCCACUUUUGGAUGGGUUAAUGUUAAAGAUGUUGCAACAGCACAUAUCCUAGCAUUAGAGGUUCCAUCAGCCAGUGGAAGAUAUUGUUUAGUUGAGAGAGUUGUACACUAUUCAGGAAUUGUGAAAGCCUUGAGUGAGCUUUACCCCACUCUUCAGCUUCCGGAAAAGUGUGCUGAUGACAAGCCAUAUGUUCCAACAUUUCAGGUGUCAAAAGAAAAAGUUAAGGGCUUGGGACUUGAGUUCACUCCCCUAGAGGUUAGCCUCAAGGAGACGGUAGAAUCUCUCAAGGAGAAGGGCUUUUAUUGAUUUCUGAGUCUGGUAGAUAUUUGACUGUUCUCAAAUUAUGAAUAAAUAAUGUUGUAGAUUUUGGUGUCCUCAGCUGUGUGAACCGAUUGCUAUUUUCUUGUUUGUAACAUUCUCUAAACUUGUUACAUUUUAGUAUGCAUUUAUAUAAGGAAUAUUUCUGCCUAA